AAUUCUGAUUACAACUGUUUCAACCAUCAAGUCAUUGCUGAUGCGGCAGUUUGGUUCCUUUGUAUAGAGACUAAAUACAUCUUGAUCAACUCCACUUUCAUAUUUUCUGGAUUUUCUUAUAAUACCAGAUGAUGCCAUCUUGGUCCAACUCAUUGUGUGCUUUCAUCUCUUGGACACUUACAUCAUUUUUGUGUCACUGGACAGCAAAACGAUUUCUUAAAGCGUGGCACCUAGUUAUACAGAGUCACACAUUAAUAUCUUCAUCAAUGUUAACCUUAAUACAAUGUUUAACAUGUAUCGUUUUGGUGGAUGUGACAUCAACCAUUGGUAUGGAGAAUUCCUCUAAACAGACCUCCUGUGUAAAGAUUGUUGCACACAUUCUGGCAACAUUUUGCACCAAUUACAGUAUGACGUUCAUGAAUGCAGCUUCAACGUUCACGAUUAAAUUGUUAGAACCAAUCACAUCCGCUGUUGCACAAAGUCUGUUCCAGAAAAUUUCGAUAGCGCCGAAUUCUCUGAUAAGUCUACCAAUUAUUGUUUACGGGGCGUUGUUGUUUACCGGGGGUCCUAUGGGAGACAUUAAAAUAUCUCCUGGAACUUUGUUAGCCUUCAUGUCCAACAUAAUUCUAGCAGCAAGAAACAUAGCCAUUUCAACGGAGCAGAAAUCGAAUUCUGUGAGUCGUAUAAGGAAAUCGAAAGCGAUUCUUGUCUUCGUUUUCUUCGCGAUUACUUUGUUAAUUGCAACAGGCAACGCCGAAAGUAAGGGGACGCUUUCUAAAGGAACAACUUUAAUGGUGCUUCUGGUAAUUGGGUCAGGAAUUUUCCAUGUCACGUAUUCGUAUAUCAGUACCAAUAUUGUAUUAAAGACUAUGACGGUGUUUAAUCAUUCUAUUUUAAAUAUCUGUAAGAGACUGUUGGUUGUGGUACUGUUAUAUGCUGUAGGAAGUCGGCGAGCUUCUGGCACUAACUUGCUGGGCUUUGUCAUCUGUUCCGUGGGACUUGCACUUCAUGUUCUUGGGAAAUAUACCACAACUGUCCCCACAACUGUCCCCGAUAUCAGCUUCAUGUCAAGUAUCACAAAAGGUAGUAGGAAGACUAUGGUAUACAUCAUGAUACCUUUGAUGAUAUUUGGCUCCACAGCUAUUGUUUCAUCUCACUUAAAUGGCGAAGGGCACGGUGAAAUAUAUGCAAAGCCCUUAUUCAACAAUACGCUCUAUGAUUCAUAUUCGCCCUAUUUGACAACAAGAGAUGAAAUAAUAGAGGAGGCACAGAGAAUACAUCAUGAACUUUUUACCGAGUUGUUGAAGCCUUAUAAAAAUGUAAUGCUUCUUGAUAUUGCCUUACAUGAAAAUAAAGGAGAUCCGGCUAUUACCAUUGGUGAAAUGAUAUUAGUACAAAAAUUAAAUAAAACAUUAGUUUAUUACUGUGAUAAACAAAUGUGUGAACGAAACAAUUUUGUACAGGCAUCGUCGAUUGUUAAAAAGUAUACUCGUCAAAAUCUCGUAAUCCUAUUACAUGGCGGAGGAAAUCUCGUAGGGUGGGUUAUUCAUGAUCAUCUCAGAGAGAAAAUAUUUAAUGUGUUUCGGGGAUUUAAUUUCAUAUUGUUUCCACAGAGUAUCUUUAUGUCUGGUGGAGAAAAUCACCUCCGGUAUUGCGAAAAUUUGUACAAAGGAGAAUCUAAUUUAACCAUGAUUCUUAGAGACAGACACUCUUUAGCACUUGCUCAAACACAUUUUACUGGACAACCAAAACUUAUCAUGGCACCAGACAUGGCUUUUCAAAUUGGUCCGGUUCGGCGAUUUUUAAAACCUUUUUAUGACAUUUUAUGGAUUCACAGAACAGACAGGGAGAAGCUUGAGGAUGAACUACCAAAACUGCCGACUGAUAUGACAAUCCGAAUAGAUGAUUGGGUAUUUUGGCCAACACCUCAUAGUAAUAUGAACAUGGAAAACGCUUAUCUUAUAGUCAAUAAUGGACUGAUAUUCUUACAGAGGGGGAGAGUAGUUAUUACCGAUCGUCUUCAUGGUCAUAUCUUAAGUACUUUAUUGGAUAUUCCCCACGUGAUUAUAAAUAACAAGUGGAAUAAAGUCAGUAAUUAUCAUAAUACUUGGACAAAAAGUUUGAAAAAUACGCGCGUUGCUAAUAACGCGUCUCAUGCUAUUGAUCUGGCUAGACAACUUUUAAUAGAAUAUUCUCAUGUUUUGCCGGAAAAGGUUCCUUUCAUGUCAGUUAAUGUUUAGAGAUGCAUUAUGUAACAGAUACAUCUGACUAUUGCGGGGUUUUAUUUUGGCCUCAAAUUUCAUAUAAACUGUUAUUGAGACAUGUAUUCACAAUGUAUGCAAUGACAAACCUAUAACCAAUUCUCUAGAUCAUCAAAUGAUUUGAACAGAUUGAAAUAGGAGUGUCAUAGUUCAAUGAUUUACAGUAGGACGUUAAACCCCAUUUCAUUUCAUUUUAUUUUUAAUGAUUUAGAAUCGCGGUAGAGUCUCGAUUAACCAGUAACGUUGCCACACAAUUAUUUUAAGCUGCCCCGGUUGUGCGUGACAUGGAGAAGGGUUUCCUGUUAGUCCCGAAAUGACCAAGUUUGUGUCGAGUGGACGUUACCCCCUCUCUCUCUUUUAGGUUAUUUCGGGACUAAAAUAUGGUUCAGUUGUAUUCCAAUAACCCGCUUGCGCGUAGGGUGUUUAGCUGAGGGGGUAACAGGAGGACCCUUGCUACGUACAAGCUGGUAAUCUUAACCACGCUGUCGCAAUUGGUAUGUUAAUUUGCUAUGUAUAAUUGUGGCAUGGUUUAUUUCUGUGAAUUAGGGUACAUAAUAAAUUUGGUACAUGGCUAAAGGGAAUAUUUAUUUCUUUUAGAAACAUUUAUUAAGAGUUUUACAGGUUUUAGUUAAUAAAGUUUAAUUUUUUUAAAAUCCCCAUAUAUCGAACUAUAUAUAAGAUUACGGUUUAAAUUAAAGUUUGUCGUAAUUUUUUUUUUCAUUGAAAUUGACUGCAUAGUGUAUGACAGGUUGAUUUCGGCUCAUGUCAUAAUGUUCAGGUUCGAUGAAUAUUGAGAAAUGAUUUUGGAGAAAUGUUUUGCAAGAUUUGCAUUUGGAGAUUUGUAUUUGUAAAUUUGUUGUUCGAGAUUUGAUUUUCAUUGGAUGUCUAAGAUGAAAUGCAAAUGUAGAUUAUUUUUUUUUUGAUUUACUAAAAUAAAUUUUAUCUUUAUAUUAAAAUACAAUUAAAUUAAACAAAAAUACAUUUUACGAAACUGAUAUGACAAAUGUCUGAUUUGUGAAACCGAUAUUGAUUUUAAAACACAAAUGUUUAUUUUAGUGUACAAAUUUCGAAAUACGACAACAAAUGAAGAAAUGAGAAUUAAGGACUAUGAAUUAAGAAAUAAGGAUUGGAUAAAGAGCUGUUUGGUCUUCCAUAUAUCUGUUGAUAGCUAACAGCCCGACCAAAUGUGUUAUGUACUCAAAGCCAUUAAAAACGCAAUGCCUAAUUCGUGAAAUAUUUCUGGUAAACGUUUUCUUGGGCUUUCCUAUCUAAUGGCAAAUAGGUGAAACUUGUGAUGGGUCUCUUUUUGUGUUGUUCUGGGUUUGAACCCAAUAUCAGUUCUCGGUAAUGCUGGAUUAGGGGGCUUCACGGAUAGUCGUCGCCAGAUACUUUAAUAUCCAUCCAUCGACCAUUGUUCGCCUCAGACAACGCUUCCACGCCACUGGAAGAGUUGCCGAUCGACCCCGACCUGGAGCGCCACCUGUAACAACCGCUGCUCAAGAUCGCCACAUCCGACUACAGCAGCUGCGCAACAGCUUUUGAGGGAGUGUGUCUAUUCUUCCAGUUCAAUCAAAUCUAUCCCAAGUACAGCAACAUUGAUAGCUCUUCGCUUAAUCUGGAGUCUUCGCUAAAACUUUGGACAGUGAUUUAAGGUAUUAAAAAGUAAUAAAAAC